AUGAAUCUCACCUUUUUGUUAUCCCUUGCAGCUCUUGCUACUGUCGGCACAGCCAAAACACCAGGCUGUGGCAAGAACAUACCCUCAAGAUGGCCAUCAGCAGGAUCGAGUGCAUCUCUCAAUCUCCCGGGCACAGAUCGACAGUACAGACUAUACAUUCCUGCGAACUAUGACAAGAACACGCCAACGGCAGUAUACUUCUCCUUCCACGGAGCCUCCGGCACCAUGAAGAAACAAGAAGCCCUAUCCCAAUUCUCCAACUCGCUAUUCAACCCAAAUGGCAUUGCCGUCUACCCUGACAGCAAAAAUGGAUACUGGCUCUCCAAUCCAAACGCCGACACAUCACGCCCAAAUGAUUUAGACUUCACCAAUGACCUGCUCUCCCACAUCGAAGAGAAGCUCUGCAUCGACCAAUCCAGGAUUUACUCUGCUGGAAAAUCCAAUGGAGGCGGAUUUACAAGCGUUAUUGCUUGUAACGCAACAGUCGGAAGUCGAUUCGCUGCCUUUGCCUCCGUCAGCGGCGCGUACUAUGACACCGACGAGGUUGACGGUAUUGGUCCCUGUGAGCCUGCCGAGCGAGCAGAGGGAUAUCCGUUCCUAGAAUUCCACGGCACAACCGAUACGACGGCGCCUAUGGAUGGAAAUACCAAGAGCAAUCCUAAGCUGCCUGUCAUUGAUAUGUUGCAGGGUUGGGCUACCCGCAACGGAUGCGGAGACCAGCCCCAGUGGGCUUCAAACGAGACCAUCUACACCAAUCCGCUGGUGAAGCAUGUUUCUUGGGACUGCAAUGGGAAAGAUGGCAUUGUUCAGCAUUAUCGCGAGGGUGAGAAUGGUCAUUGCUGGCCUAGCACCAUCGGUAAUAGCGACUAUGUCAAACACUCCGACCAAUGCCCAUUGGGAAAAUAUGUUUACAACGCAACGGAGUACAUCUUCGACUUCUUUGAGAAGUAUCAGUUGGACCAAUGA